CAAGAACCUAAAUUAUUGGAUCAAUACCCAGAAGUGGCAUUGCAGAAUUACUGCAAUAUCGCGAUCCUCUGUAGAAUUCUCUGUCUAUAUAGAAUACAGCAAGAUAUAAGCCAAUAUGCGCGAUCACUGCUUCGCUCGUUAUUGAACAAAAUUAGACAUAGAGGGUGUACAAAUCUAGGAUAGAGGCUAAACUUACGUCGAUAUAUUCCAAUGUAGGUAAUACGAUUCUGAGGAGGCGUGAGUAGCUGCCUGGGAAGAUUACACGGCGUCGAGAAAGAUUCCCCUACAGUUACAUUCAGCUUGAUCGAGCACCCCUUAGCUGGGAUGGCAGCUAUUGUAUCUGAACAUGCAGCCAAGCUGGCUGCGAAGCUCAUCCGGACGAAAAAACUUGACGAUGACCGAAUGGAGACUCCAUUGAAACGGUGCCUCGGGACCGUUGAUCUGACGUUAUUGGGCAUUGGGUCGAUGGUGGGUGCUGGUCUGUAUGUCUUGACUGGUACCGUCGUGAAGGAUCUAGCAGGGCCUGGUGCAAUUCUCUCAUAUCUGAUAGCUGGGCUUGCUGCUAUGUUAUCUUCUCUCUGUUACGCAGAAUUUGGUGCUAGAGUUCCAAAAGCUGGGAGUGCUUACACUUACACCUACGUCACAAUGGGAGAGUUUUGGGCGUUCAUUAUAGGAUGGAAUGUGGUGUUAGAAUAUAUGCUGGGACUUUCAUCUGUUGCUCGCGCAUUUAGUGGAACAUUCGAUUCAUUCUUCAAUGGUGCCAUCAGGAACGGGACUAUUAACGCUGUCGGUGAAAUGCAUGGGGACUGGCUGAGUCCCUACCCAGAUUUCAUCGCUGCCAUCAGCAUCAUCAUCGCACUAGUAUGUGUUGCAGCAGGGGCGAAGAUUUCUGUCAACUUCAACAGCAUAUUUACUGUGAUCAAUGUUGUUGCCAUACUUACUAUUUUGGGGGUAGGAUUUUCAUUUGCUGAUAUCAAAAACUGGCAGAACGAAGACACCGGUGGAUUUCUACCAUUUGGCUUCCAGGGAGUGUUUGCCGGUGCGGCCACGUUAUUCUAUUCGUAUGUUGGAUUUGAUGCUAUUGCAGUUGCUGGUGAAGAAGCGAAGGAUCCUGCACGUUCUAUACCGAUAGCCACGGUUAUUGCGAUGCUGGUUGUCACGGUGCUCUACUUCUUAGGAACCUCUGCCCUCACGCUUAUGGUUCCAUAUUACGCUGUGACUCCAUCAGCGGCUUUUCCAGAAGCGUUCGCAUCAAAAGGUGUGAUGUGGUUCAAAUACUUCAUAGCUGCUGGAUCACUGUUCGGUAUCACUACUUCUCUCCUGACAACUGCAUUUGCCAUGCCACGAAUCGUCUACGCAAUGGCAUCAGAUGGACUGCUGUUUAGAUCCCUAGCGAAAAUUCACCCGAAAACACAAACUCCAAUCAUCGCCAUAUUUGUUUUUGGAUUUUUAGCAGCAAUACUAGCCUUUCUAUUUGAAAUCGACACACUGGUAGAGUUCCUGUCCAUAGGGACCCUCUUAGCAUUCACCAUUGUUGCAAUAAGCAUCAUUAUACUUCGCUACCAGCCUAUUACUAAAUGUCAAUUUGAUUUAAAACCCGAGGAAGAAAAGGCUGAACAGCAAGGAGAAGACGGCGCUGCUUCCGAUGGAAAAACACCAACAGAUGAAAAGCCAAUUGUACAUUCUAAAAGCCACGAUGAUUUCGGACGUUUAAAACAAAGGUUAAAAACGUUCCCUGUGCUAAAAGAUAUCAAUCCGGGAAAUGCUGUUGCUUACUCUUGCGUUGUGAUGUUGGUGGGGAUGAUGGGGUUCAAUGGUUUGGUGCUUCACGGAACGGAGUACUUACAAAGCGCACAGUGGUGGGCAAUCAUCCUACUUCUGAUCCUUACAACGCUAAUCAUAGCAUGCUACCUAGUCAUCAUAGCACAUGAGCAAAACACAAGCUUCCUAACAUUCCAGAUCCCUGGUAUUCCACUGAUUCCUGCGUGCAGCAUGUUCAUUAACACAGCCAUGAUGUUAAAGUUGUCCUAUCUUACAUGGAUACGACUAGCAGUGUGGUUGGCAAUAGGUCUGGUAAUAUAUUUUGCCUAUGGUAUCCACCACAGUAGUGAGAAUAAGGCACUUUCCGAAUACAGUCAGAUCAUCUCAUAUGCUGGCCCAAGCAUGGACAGCGUAUACAAGAUGGAGGAAGACGCGAAGAAACAACAACCCGACGCCAAGGCUCCUCCACCAAAGGCUGCACCAGUUGAACUUCCACAAAGUUCUUCCAGCGACGAGGAGUAAUCUCAUAUGGGUGGUGUUACACCCCCCCCCCCCUCAUUAAGUUUAACAAUCGGAGGUUCCCAUUGGAAUUUGGAUGACAUAUCAAAGCUUGCUUAUGUUUAAAUAUUUUUAUUUUUGGCUUUGAUGUGUGAUCUUAACUAAGGGUACUCAUGGUUGUCCGACUGGUAGAGAGGAGUGUACUUGUGAUGCUAUAUACGUCCACCGUUGUCCACGAGGUCACUUCUAGAAAAUAUAUAUAGUGGAAUUAUGAUGAAAUGGGAUCAGUAGCAGACCUCUGAUGACAACAUUGUUAAAAUAAAACACGAUUUAGAAUUAUGUUUACAUGAAAAAUCAAAUAAACCUCUAAUAUGAUGUAAUUGAUAUAAUGAUAUAAGUGUGUAUAUAAAAUGAUCUGCAUAUGAUCAUGCAAUGUUCAUCUUCUGAUAAGCCCAAAAGUGUUUCAUAUAAGUUUUUGAAUGAUGGAAUGAUUCAGACAAAAACAUUGGUAGCCUGUGGUAGCCUUUUUGUUUUAUAGAAUGGUUUCUUUUUACGAGAAGAUCAUAAUAAUAUCUAAUAUCAGUGAUCAGUACCUUUAUCAUUGUUUCAACAUGUGACGAAUAGCUUUUAUUUAUGAAGUGUACGUACUAUAUAAAAGUUAUUGUUUGAAAUGAAGAUAUUAAUACUGGUGUACCAUCUGUUCUUAUAAUCCAAAUAUUAUAUGCACACUCCCUUCCAUAAAUGUGGAAAUCAAAUAUAACUUGUUCCCCGGGCUUGUUCCCCGUUGUGUGACUGGACAGUGGACAUUUUUUGUGAAACCCUGCUGUUG